UGGCAGUGGGCGUGGCCUCACACCGACACGGAAUGCAGCCUGUGGUUCUGUUUGGCACCUUGCCCCGUUUCGCCACCUGAAGAGGAAAUCACUUCUCUCUGUACUUUAACGGAGCACCGGCUUUUUUUUUUGGACCGAAGUUCAGCGUUUACCCUCCGGACACUGCGAUGCUCUCACCGAGGUUCCUGUUGCUGCGGUCCGCCGCGUCCAUGACGACCAGGUCGUUCUGCACGGGGGGCGCGUUGAAGCAGGGCAGGACGCCGGGCAGGGCGCCAGACAUGAUCGAUGGAAAUCCACUCUUACACGUGUCGAAUGUGCGAAACAGGCUGAGAGAAAUCGUGGGAGCUUCCACCAACUGGAGCGACCACCAGCAGGCCAUGACGGAGCGCGUGUCGCUGUCCAACAUGUUGGCAAACUCUCAGAAGGACCUCCCAGCCAAAACCAUGAAGGACAGCUACCUGGAGGUUCACCUGCCUCUGGGCUCCGAGCCACAGCUCAGAGAGAAGUACCUGACGUACCACAACACCGUCAGGUUUGGUAGAAUCCUGGAGGACUUGGACAGUUUGGCAGUCCUCAUCUCUUACUCUCACACCCACAACCCUGAACUGAAGAGGUCUCCUCUGUCCAUCGUCACCGCCCUGGUGGAUAAAAUCGACAUGAGGCAGCACACCGUCUAUCCUGACUGCGACAUCAAGUUCACGGGUCACGUGACGUGGGUGGGAAAGACCUCGAUUGAAGCCAAGAUGCACAUGUCACAGUACUGUAACGGAGCUUAUGCUCCAGUUCUGGAUGCUACGUUCGUCAUGGUGGCCCGGGAUCCAGAAAACAAGAGGGCAGCUUUUGUAAACCCGCUGAAGCCAGAAGGUCCGGAGGACGAGAAACUCUUCCAGGAAGGAGAAGCGAAUAAAUCUCGCCGCGUGGAGCUCAGCACCGCGUCGCUGCUGAAGGUGGCUCCGACAGACGAGGAGAGGAAGGUCGUGCACAGUCUGUUCCUCAACACGCUGGACACAAAGACGGUCAGUUUCCGCAGCAGAGUCCUGCCUCCAAACUCGGUGUGGAUGGAAGAUGCCAAACUGAAAGGACUGGAGAUCUGCCAUCCUCAGGAGAGGAACAUCUUCAACAGGAUCUUUGGAGGUUUCCUGAUGAGGAAAGCGUACGAGUUAGGCUGGGCCAACGCCUGCUCCUUCGGAGGAUGUCGCCCGAGUCUGGUCGCCGUUGACGACAUCCUCUUCCAGAAGCCCGUGGAGAUCGGCUCGCUGCUGCUGCUCUCGUCACAGGUGUGUUACACUCAGGGGAAGCACAUCCAGGUCAGAGUUCACAGCGAGGUGUUCGACCCGCUGACCCGUCAACACAACACCACCAACGUCUUCCACUACACGUUUGUCUCCGACCGCGACGUCCCGAACAUCAUUCCGAAUACAUACGGAGAGUCGAUGCUGUACCUGGACGGGAAGAGACACUUUAACCAGACGGUGGAGCACUGAGAGUGACGACACGUCUGCUGCCUACCAAAGCCUUCCAGUGUGUGUGUGUGUGUGCGUGUGUGUGCGUGUGUGUGUGUGUGUGUGUGUGUGUGUGUCACAUGGUGACCUGUUUCCUGUUACUUUAUUGGUGGUUUACAGUCACAGUACAACAGACAGCUUUUACAUUGUAGUCACUCUUUGUCUUGUUACCAUGGUGACAGCUCUGACUUCACUGUAUGUUACAUUUUUUACAUUCGCUCGUCGCUUGUACGCACAAAAACACAAACACUCGGCUUUACGUUACUUUUCAUCCUGAAUGUUUCUCUGAGGGUGUUUCUGCUUCCUGACUUUAAAAUGUUUAUUUACUCCAACGCAAUAAAAGAAUUCAUAUUUA